AUGCCUUCUGAAAUUUCUUUCACCAAUAAUACUGUCCAAUUGGAUUACAAUUUUGGGGAUAUUAUCUCUGUUUUAAUUGUCAAUGAAGAAGUCCCAGUCUUUCUACAAAAGGGAGAGAAGAAGGAGAACAUAUCACUCAAGUCGAAGGAAAUUAUUAUCUUUCAUAGAGGUGGCCAAUCGAACUUCAAGCCAAGUGAAAAUAGCGGGUUUGCAUUUCCCGAAGGUGGCGAAGUUACCCUUAGUCGACUCCCCGCUGGUGGAGUUGUUGCUGUGGGUCCAGGGGGGUCUCGAGCUCAAUGGCCCGUUUACGAACCACAUAAGCUGCCUACGGGUCUGGGUGAAGAAAAUUGGCAGGGUGGGCAUUAG